GCAUAUUUACAUUUUUCUCUACAACAUAAACAGAUACAAUCCCACUGGCAAACGUUGUCUGAUCGAUUUAGUAUAAGAAGUCUUCGGUGGCGUUUUAUAUCGUCAGUAAACUAGCUACAAAUACGCACAUUACAACUACGCCAAUAUGGGAUACUUCGGUCGAUACAUAACCAAACACGGCCAGGAAACCCUGAAUCACUACACAUACAGGGGAUCAGACGAUUCCCUACUAUACAAGUACAUUAACUCGCCUAUGUAUGAAGUGAUGAUACAGUAUGUGCCGAACACCAUAGCCCCCAAUGUGAUUACGCUACUCGGGUUGGCGUGUACUUUCACGACCUACUUUAUCCAGGAGCAUUAUUCGCCAAAUAUGGAUCAGGUACUACCUGCGUGGGUGUAUAUGAUCUCAGGCAUUGCUAUUUGGAUGUACCAGACACUUGACGCGCUCGAUGGAAAACAGGCCCGAAAAACUGGAAGCUCAAGUCCUCUAGGGCUGUUGUUUGACCAUGGCUGCGACGCCAUCAACAACACCAUCAUCUCUCUCUCUAUCGCCACGGCAUUACAAUUGGGCCCCACUCAUCUGACAGCUAUCCUCUGGUCCGCUCAGGCGCUCGGGUUCUUUAUGGCAACGCUGGAGGAGUACUACACCGGUGAACUGCACCUGCCGAUCAUCAAUGGGCCCAGCGAAGGGCUGCUGUUGGCAGCUGUGGCUCAUUCACUCACAUACUUCCAAGACCCAACCAACUCCUUCUGGCUGCGCAUCCCCACGUGGUCCUAUGGUCUGCAGCACAACGAGCUGGCUGUGCUGUUGAUCGUCGUAGGGGCUUUCUUCACCAUCCUCUCGAACAUCGUCAAUAUCUUCAACGCAGUCACCGCGAACGCCGAGAAGGAGGGCAGCAAUCCCAUGAAUCUCAAGGAACCAGGGACACAGACAUACAUUGUGGCGCUCACGCGGUGUCUGGUUGUGGCAUUGCUUACACUAGGUGCUUGGUUCUGGCUAUUCAACAGUCCAACUGAUAUCAUGGGUCGUCAUCCCCGACUGGUUAUCUGGACCCUAGGACUGCUAAUUAGCAAGCUACUAACUUCGCUGAUGCUGGCGCAUCUCUGCGAAGAGGAGUAUCGCCCGUGGGGAAAGACUUUCACUGCUGUGUUUGCCAUGGCCUGUCAUGCGCUUAUCAACUUCUUUGCGUACACAUACAAGUUCGGCAGUCCGUCUGAAGAGGUGAUGGAGGCUUACGAGGAUCUGAUGCUGUAUGAGAUCUUUGUAGUGUCGCUGUGCAUGUACAUACACUUCUCCGUGUAUGUAGCGCAUGAUGUGUCGACAGCCCUGGGCAUAUACGUCUUCACACUCGGCAAACGCCCCACUGAGAAGGGCAAGGAGAAGAAGAUCGAUUGAGCGGGCGGGAGAGUUACAUCACACUGUGGGUAUCGCACAUAUCUGUAUCUGCCGAGUUUACCUACCAAAUUUACCUACAACAUGGGAGCGAGCGAGAGUGCGAGGGCGAGAGGGUUGGGAGGGUGACCCAAGCACUGCUUAGUAUGUACCAAAUGUGCGAGCUUGUAGACCAGAGUUUAGUCUUCGAUAUAUGUCCUGCCAAAGCUUACUUGCCGAGUUGUAUCUUUUUUAGUAUACCCACCGCAUCGUACCUACCUCGUUACAAGCAUCAAUAUUUGAGACACCAGACCUUGCCUACCAAAGCUAUCAAUUAGUAUUCCUCUACCAGGGGGUGUACACGGGAAGGGUACCUUGACACCGAGCUGAGAUUGUAGCGACCGCAAUUAAAGACGGCAUUGCAACAGGAAGUACAAAUACUUAAUGUACGAUGGUGUGUGUAUCUAAUUAUAAAUAUCUGCGGGUUAUUGCCAUUUGGUGACCGGUAGAUGUGUUGUGAUAUCACGAG